UGGUGUAGUCGUGCGUCACGUCGCGUUGUGUUGGUGGAUUCCGUGCUCGUAGCAGCUUCGUGCCGUCGAUGCGCUUUUUAAUUACACUUAACGCAAAGUCUGAAGCGGCAAAUUGCGCGACGCCAUGGAGCGCGCAUCGGAGGCGCUUAGCGUCGAUGACGUCUACAGCCUUGCCGAGGAGAUCGGCAAGGAGUUCGAAAUCCUCAUUGACAGCUACGGCGUCGAUCCCGUGAACAAGUUGGUCACCAAAGUGAUUCGUGUGUUGGAGUAUCUAGAAGCGUACGCCACCAAGAAUGACAUCGCCAGUGACGAGAUCGCCCAGCUCAGGGCGCAGAUAUACCAGCUCGAACACGACAAGUACGAGAAGGCCGAGUCGAGGAGCAAGCUCGAAAAGGAAAUGGAGCAGUAUGAAGACAUCUGGAGACAAGAAAUGAAAGAUCUGGGUGGCCUCGUGGCUCGGCUACAGGAGGAAAACUCCAAGUUAAGCAGCUCCCUCAAAGAGAAAGAAGCCACCGUUCCCUGCAUUGCGAGGACACACAGUGUGACGCUUGGCGAAGACAUUGUUGUCCUCGAACGACUCCGGGACGCCUUUGACAAACAAGCAGCUCAGCUGAAGCAGUGUGAGAAGGACAAGGCUAAGCAAGCUGCCGACAUAGAAUCUCUUCAGCAGCAGCUGGAUGCCAGCAAGAAGGCCACUCAGGAGCAGAGUCGACGCAACCGGCGGCUGCAGCAGCAGAUGCGGCAGCUGUGCGACGAGCGUGGCGACCUGCAGGUGCAGUUGCAGGACCAACAGAGCCAGCUGCAGGCCUUGCAGGAGCGACUAGGCCUCGCUGUCAAGGACCACGACGACCUUCUCCAGUCCAGGGAUGCUGUCCUGGAUAUGCAUGGAAAAGUGGUCAUUGACCUGGACGACCCGAAUCGACCCCGCUUCACGCUGGAGGAGCUCAAGCACAUCCUUUUUGAAAGGAAUGAGCUCAAGGCUCGAGUUAGUGAUCUUGAAGACGAGCUGGCUCUGUACAGGCCAAGGCCGGUUGACCCACCAUCUCCGGUCAAGGACGAAGACCGGCCCGUCCAAGGACCCAUCAACCAGGAGCCUGAGGAGAAGCUUUUUUCCUACGGAAAGGCCUCCGGCAUUCGCAAAUUUUUCCAGUACGUGAUGAACAACCUCCAGAUGCCUGGAGAGGAGCCACGCUUAGAAAUCUUGCCCGAACGUUUCAGUUUUCCAAGUGCCCUGUGGCCCCGCGUCAAGCCGGGAUGA